AUGGCCCCACAACCGUUAAUUCGGAGAAGGGUCACAGGCAAGAGCUCCGACGCGCCGACUGCUGCUGGGCAGAGGCCAUCAGCCCCGAGGACAUCGUCAGCUUCCAGGAGAGAAGAAGACGACAAGGACGACCCUGUGACCUUGGACAAGAUCAGCAAAGAGAAAGAAGAAAGUAAGCCUGGGUCUGCAGUCGCAAAGCCUGUGCGCAACAGCGUGACCAACAAGAAGGAUUGGGAUUCCUUCGUGCGAUCCAAGGAGAGGUUCAAGGACACCACAGAGCUUGAAGCCAAAGCGAACGUUGACGCUGGCUUGCUUCAGGCCAUCACGGAUGGUGAUGAAGGAUUCAUGAGGGCUGGUGCAAUGCCGGCGGUGACUGCAGCUUCGAGCGCCGGCGCCAAAUCCUUGUUGGACUCUCUUGGGGAGAAGGUGGUCAACAGUAAGACCAAGCCACCGAAGAGCAAGGAAGAGAAGCUCGAGGAGAUUGCCAAGAUUUCGCCUCAAGAGCGCAUCCAGCAGAAGAUGCACGAUUGCCUGAAGGAGGCUCAGGUUGCUCGCACCAAUGGCGCUGAGAUCGAUAGCAAAGGUGUUGCCACUCAACAGUUGCAGGGCGCGGCCAAAGCUUUUUUGUCAAGUUUGAAGCCUAAGAAGAAGGCGAAGGCUGGCAAAGCUGCCAAGUGA